CUCCCUCCCCCACCCCCUCCCAUUUCCUCUCUCUCUCUCUCUCUUUUCUUUCUUUCUUUCUCUCUCUAGCAGAGGCACAGAGGCGCGCAGAGGGCACUGAUGAUGACGACUGGGGUAGCUCCAAUGAAUGGGCUCUAGAGAACCUCGCUCAUGGACGUGGGUUCGGGCUCGUGGACGACGGAGUCCGGGUCCUCUUCUCCUCCCCCUCUCGAGUCCCUCAACGGCCUCAAGUUCGGCCAGAAAAUCUACUUCCAGAAUAAUAACAGUAGUAAUAAUGCCGCCGCACCCAAGCACGGCUCCGGCUCCGGCUCCGGCUCCUCCUCCGCCGCCGCGCCCGCGCCCGGGUCGGGCACGCCCCCGAAGAAGGUGAGGGCCUCCGCCGGCGGCGGCGGCUGCGGGGCGAUCCAGGGCGGGCAGCCCCCGAGGUGCCAGGUGGAAGGCUGCCGGGUGGAUCUGAGCGAUGCCAAGGCUUACUAUUCCAGGCACAAGGUGUGCGGCAUGCACUCCAAGUCCGCCACCGUCAUCGUCGCCGGCAUCGAGCAGAGGUUCUGCCAGCAGUGCAGCAGAUUCCAUCAGCUUACUGAAUUUGACCAAGGGAAACGAAGCUGUCGUAGACGUUUGGCUGGUCACAAUGAGCGCCGGAGGAAGCCCCCACCUGGGUCGCUACUAUCCUCUCGCUAUGGGCGACUGCAAUCCUCUAUAUUUGAGAACACCACCAGAGUGGGUAGUUUUCUGAUGGAUUUCACAGCAUACCCGAAGCAUGCAUGGUCAGCGCCACGUUUUUCUGAGCGCACGACACCUGGAGAUCUAGUCCCCGGACCAGGAAAGGUCUAUCCUCAUCCAUGGCAGAGCAGUCCUGAGAACCCUCCCUCUGACCUUUUCCUGCAGUGCUCAUCCGGUGGCACAACAGCUUUCCCUGCUCCUGGAAUUCCUCCUGGCGAAUGCUUCACUGGAGUAGCUGACUCAAGCUGUGCUCUCUCUCUUCUGUCAAAUCAACCCUGGGGCUCCACGAACCAGCCGUCACCUCUCGGGACGAACCACAUGGUGCACCCCCAGGGCUCGACCCUGGCUCAGUCGAUGCCUCCUCAUAGUUCGGCCAUUCACUUCACUGGUCCUGGCUCUGCGUGGGCCUUCAAGGGCAACGACGCUGGUGGGAGCUCCAUUGGGCUAGCUGCUGACCUGGGCUUGGGCCAGUUCUCACAGCCACUGAACAAUCAGUUCUCUGGUGACAUGGAAUUGUCUCAACACAGCAGGAGGCAAUUCAUGGAGCUUGAUCCCCCCAGGGCAUAUGAUUCCACCCACCAGACGCACUGGUCGCUCUAGGUGACCCCAUCAUGUUUAUGUUGGGUUCUCUUGCAUCGCUGCAUUUGAAUAUUUUUUGCGCAUAAGACUGCAUGCCCUUUUUUUUUGUUUUGAUGAACACCUGACGUGAUUUCGGUGUCUAUCAUUGCUGGAUGUGGACUUUGUUAAGGCAACGCCCUAACUUGAACUAGGACUUCGCUUUUGUCUUGAACACUUUGCUGUCAGAUGUGGAUUGUACUCCCAGUUGUCUUAAUAUGCAGUCACGAACUGCUGUGAUUAUCUUGUA